AUGAAUUUAUGCGCACAUUGUCGAGAUUUUAUCACCAAGCGUCUAUACUGGAAUAUCAUACCAGACGGUCCCUCAGGUUACAUCUGGUCAGUGGCUCUGGAAAUUGACAAACGUUCACCUGAAGCAUUCCUUCGCUCCACCGACUAUGGGUGCUAUAUUUGCAAACGGAUCUUCUGCAACCUAGCAAAGAAUCUUCAGUCACAGUUACGAGGUCUUGAUGGACAGCUUCCGCAAAACAAGAGGCACGGGGAAUGUUUUAAGCACGAUAUGCCAAACCCACAGAUAUUUCGUGCUAUAUCCCCCGCGGUAUUUAUGGGCUACAGGAUUUACGAGGACUCCUUCAGCGUCUGUUUCUGGUGUGGGGACGAGUAUUACCCAUGUGCUCAUUUUCAAGGCAGAAUGAAUCUCAUUAGCAAAGAACUGUCAAAUUUACUACCAAGCUGGAGGAUCACCUCGAGCUCAACUGAUUCAAAGGAGACAUUUGCAAAAAUAAAUAAAUGGCUGGAGCGUUGUACCUCCGAGCAUAUACAAUGCCCCAACCGUCGAGAGAGACACACAAAUGUCUGGCGUCCAACUCGGCUGCUUGAAAUUACUUGUUUCAAAAGUCAUAAUAAGAAGGAUCUCAAGUUACGAAUCGUGGAUGGUACCCAAGUCUCUACGCACAGGCAGUACGCUACCCUAAGCCAUCGUUGGGGGAAGGAAAAUAUGGCACGGCUAACUGUCGACAAUUUAUCAUUAUGGAGACAGAGUAUUCCGACAGAAGUCCUUUCUCAGACUUUUCAGGAUGCCAUUAGAGCGGUCAGGAGAGUUAAAGUCAAAUAUCUCUGGAUUGAUUCUCUCUGUAUCAUUCAAGAGGGCGAUGAGCUCGCAGAUUGGAAACGAGAGGCUCCAGUGAUGCAUGAAGUAUAUUCGAAUGCAUGCUUCAAUAUUUGUGCCUCGUGGGGACCUACACUAGGCAGAUUGUUUGCGAAAAGAGAUCCAUGCACGGUGCAGCAUGCUACUUUUGAGAUGCCGUCCAAGACUGGAUGGCAGAAGAAAUUUUUUCUAGUGUCUUCUGAAAAGGGGGAUGGGGCUUGGGAUGAGUUGGUUGAGGAUUCUGAGUUGGCUGUGCGCGGCUGGGUAUUCCAAGAACGCUUGCUGAGUCCCAGGAACAUCUACUUCUGCAAGGAUAUCGUUCUGUACGAGUGUUAUGAGAAACGCUGGAGUGAAUCUAUGGGACUUGAUGUCGUACCCUGGAGGCCUCUUGUGUCUCCCAAUUCCGUGGGCGCCAACAAUACCUCAUCACCUACCAUUAAGAAAUUGCUGCCGAACGCCAGGUCGAUCAGCAGCAACAAGCUUUAUCAGACCUGGUACGACUUGGUGUCGAAAUAUUCGGACACAGAGCUCACCUUCCCGAGUGACAGACUUGCAGCAAUAGCAGGCAUCGCUCAGCAAUUCAUAAUGAAAUUCAAAAAAGAUAAUAUAAAAGAUGUGUACGUGGCAGAACUAUGGCUUAGUCGUCUAUCUCUCGAAAUGCUUUGGAAAAGCACGAUAAACAUGUCUUAUUCUAAGCAACAUAAUCUUUUCUCGAGGCCAACACAUUUGACGUUUUCAUGGAUCUCCGGCUACUGGGUUCACAUUAAAGAUAGAGACCUUGAAGGUGAGGAUCCCGAUGAAAAGUUCAUCUUACCACAGGUAACUUGUGUCAAGUGGCUUACUCAUGCUCACACCGACCCUGAAAGAUAUGUUUUUACCGAAGACAUUAUCAUGCCCCCAUCAACGCCAUGCAUCGAAGUCAUGGUCCAGGGAGUCUUAAAGCGAAUGAGGCUGAUAAGAGGUCAAGACAUAUUCCAUGUGUUUCCCGUUGAUGCAAUCGGGGUUUCCGAGCCGAAACAAGACUUGGAGUCUCUGGAAAAACGCGAGAAUGAUUCGGACGCUCGACAAAGCCUGUUUGUUUGGGCCGGGCUCGAUUUCACAACCAAUGAAACAGAAAUUUCCAUUCUGAACGAUUCGAAAAAACUGUUCUACGUGCCUUGGUAUGACAAUGAUGACCGAGGCAGCUAUGGUCUAUCCAACAGUUACUGUUUGCUACUUGAACUUGUAUCUUGCGAGAUGGGCAGGUUUCGGCGGAUAGGCAUGCUGAACUUUAGUCCUGAGUACCGCGAUCUGUACUUUGCGUCGCAAAUCGAUGAGCAAGACUAUCCAUGUUGGAAGUAUGACCAGAUUAGUAAGGAUCAGACUUUCUUUAUCGUGUAG